ACAUUACUGCACACAUCACUUCUCAGUAGAUAACAGACCAAGGAGACAUCUCAUCCCGUUAGCUUCACCAUCAAAUAGUCCAGUACUAACACCCUCAUCUACAUGUAGCUAGUUGUGAGACGGCCAGAGGCAUUCCACUUGUUAUCUUUGGAAGACAUCAUUGGAAAUAGAGAAGUCAAUGUUUGUGAAUGUCAUCACCUUUUUGUGUUACAUGUAUUAGUCUCCGCUUACUUUUGAGGAAUAAUAGGGAUAUAAUAUUGGAUUUUAUAUGCUAUCAUACCAUCAAAGUUAACCAGGAUUCAUUAGUCUACAGUGUUAAUCUCAUCUUGAUCAACAGCGUGUAAUAAGGAUGCUGAAAGAGCAGUGGGCAGAAGACCAUACGUAGCAGUAACUCCCACCAUCACCUGGAUACCAAGCAGCGGUCGCCAUGGCGGAGGACCUGCUGCAUCCAGGGGCCAUCGUUAAAGAUCGAUGGAAAGUUACCAAGAAAAUUGGUGGUGGAGGCUUUGGUGAAAUCUAUGAAGCUCUAGACCAAGUUCUUGAUGAGUGCGUAGCCAUCAAGCUGGAAUCUGCUCUUCAACCUAAGCAAGUGCUCAAGAUGGAAGUUGCUGUCCUCAAGAAACUUCAGGGGCGGGAUCACAUCUGCAAGUUCAUAGGCUGCGGUCGCAACGAUCAAUUCAACUACGUUGUGAUGUCCGUCCAGGGUCAGAACCUUGCAGAGCUCCGCCGUGCACAGCCCCGUGGCACCUUCUCAGUCAGCACCAUGCUUAGGCUUGGACUACAGAUUCUUGAAUCAAUAGAAAGCAUACAUGAAGUAGGUUUUCUACACAGAGACAUCAAACCUAGCAAUUUUGCCAUUGGUAAAGCUCCAGCUAACACAAGGAAGGUGUUUAUGUUAGACUUUGGUCUGGCAAGGCAGUAUACCAACUCUCAGGGUCAAGUUAGAACGCCAAGGCCAGUUGCUGGGUUUCGUGGAACUGUUCGCUAUGCUUCUGUCAAUGCACAUAGAAAUAGAGAGAUGGGUCGUCAUGAUGAUUUGUGGUCAUUGUUCUACAUGUUGGUAGAGUUUGUCAUUGGUCAACUUCCAUGGAGAAAAAUCAAAGACAAGGAACAAGUAGGCUUGUUAAAAGAGAAAUAUGAUCAUCGUUUACUACUGAAGCACAUGCCCAUGGAGUUCAAGCAGAUAUUAGAACAUAUACAGUCCCUAGAGUAUGCAGAUAAACCAGAUUACAAGUGCAUCCAUUCCUUGUUAGACCGGUGUAUGAACAGAAAGAACAUCAAGGAGAAUGAUGCCUAUGAUUGGGAAAGACCACCAGUAGAUGGAACACAUAACUUGCUUCCUUCUCCAACUAGUCCAGCUCGAAAGAAAGGCUUUGAACUUCCAUCAAGUCCAGACAAAAAAGAGGAGAAAAUCAGCUACCCCGAGGCAAACAUCCGCCAAGCCAAUGUUGAGAUCAGACUGGUUGAGAGUGCACAACCAGAGAAAGUUGAUGAGAGUCAGGAGAAACAAGAUGAAGAGAAGGAAGUCCAGGAGGAGGAGGAAGAUGAGGAAGAGGAGGAAGAGGAAGAUCAAAAUGAAGAAGAGGAGGAGAUCAAUGUUUCAGGGGUUACGCAGGAGAAGGAACUUCAAGAGAAAGUAACGACCGAUGUGAAAGGAAGCGAAAAAAUGUUUGCUAUAAGGAAAAGCAAACGAUCGCAAGACAGAAAACGAAGGUUACUCCAUAAGCGACAUAAACCCAAGAUCCGAACCAUGGACAGCCAUGCAAUCAUGGAGGGUGAAGUCAGUACGUACAGAGGUGGAAUGGAAUUUGGUGUGAGUGAGAGGGAGCCAUCAAUAGAGGAAAAUUUACCAACCAUGCAAAAGAGUAUUACUGUUCCUGUGGAAAUGAUGAAGAAGGAAGAGAAAGAGGAGAAAGGAAGGCCCAGGCCAGAGCCCAUUGGAUCAUCUGCGAAAGUUGAAACAAAAAUAGAUCAGUUGGUUCCCGGGAAAGGAAAUGGUUUGCCUCCAUCAGGACGACUUGGCAAAGAUAUUACACCUGUGAUUCAGGUUGUGAAGAAACCAGACUUGAAAGCAGCUGUUGAUAUUCCAACUGGAAAAGAAUCACCAAGGAAGGAUUUAGGAAGUGGUUUAACAAGUAGAACUGAAAGUACAUUGAAAGGUGAUGGAUUGCAAGCAAAACAGCAAAACUCUGCCUUUGCAAAACCAUUCAAAUCAAUAGAAGCCCUUAAAGAAGCAGAACUGGCUGCUGUAGACCAGAAAAUGCCCAUUAAACCAGAGACUGUAUCUACCCCAAAACAGCAAGCAACAAUCUUAGCCAAGAGUGAAUUGAAAGUAGUUAGUAGUCCCAAAGCAAAUGCAGAUGUACAAACUAAAAAUGUAACGCCAAGUACCGAACCUUCAAAAACUGUAGUCACUGAUUCACCUCAUAAAGUUGUUUCUUCCACUGUCAAUCAUGCUAAAACUCAGCCAGCAGUGACCUCUAGUGGUGAAACUAAACCUUCAAGUGCAAUUCAAAAACCAGAUGGUGUAGCAGUAUUGUCAAAUGAACAAAAAAAUGAAAAACUAAAAAUACCUCUUGUUGAGGUAAAGAAAAAUGAAAUUCAACAAGUCCUUCAAAAGGAAAAACCUGAGCUGAAAGUGCCAAACAGCAAACAGCAAACCAAGGACAAAGAUAGAUCAUUAUCACCUAUCCUACAAAAGUUAUCUGGCAAUAAAGAAGACACAUUGUCUCCACAAAGAAGUGUUUCUCCUAAGCCAGCAGAACCUUCAACAAACAAACAGGAAAAGGUUUCUCCGCAAGAUAUCAAGCAACAAAUGCCAAAACCGGAGGAUAAACUUUCAGUCAAACUAAAUACUCGAGCUUUGUCACCUGUGCAGAAGGCUGGAACUGAUGCAAAACAGGAUAAGCCCACUUCGCAAGUCUCAUUUUGUCUGUCUCCUGUGAAGAAAAAUGCUAAGCAGGAAAAGGACCGACCCAUUUCACCAAAGUCAGCAAAUUUGAAGGUAAAGCAACAAGAAGUGCCUCAAGAGCGGUCCACCUCUCCAAAGCCAUUUAGCAGUCCUGCUUUGAAGCAAAACACUACUCAGCAGCCACAAAGCAAUACAGCACAAGAACCAAAGGUGCAAUCAAAAGUGGAACUAAAAUCAAAUACGCCUUUUAAGGAUAAAUCCCAAACAGCUGAAAAAGUUACAUCUGGUGCUGGACAAAAGAUUCCUGUAGCAGCAUCUGUGCAAUUAUUUUCUAAGCAGCAAGAGCAAAAAGAAGGUGUACAACAGAAGUCGCCAGAACUAGUAGACACAGGGAAACGAAAACAAGGACAAACUGCAGUGGCUGAGAAGAAACCUUUCACAAUCAAGCCACAAACAAAAGAAGUGAAAGCUAGUAAGCCUUUUGAACAAAGUGAUGUCAAAGAGAAACCACCCGCACAAGAUGUUCCCAAAGUAUCUUCAACAGAACCUGUCAUCAAGAGAAUAAUUGCACCCCUUGGGAAUCAGAAGGCACAGCAAAAAACAGUUGUGCAGGAAACAAUUGUUGCUGCAAAAGUGCAGGAAAAGGUGGAGAAACCAGUUGUAAUUGAACUGAAAAGGUUAAAACCAUUAUCUCCAACAAAAGAUGUAACUGAUGGUGGAAUUUUAAAGAAAUUGAAUGUGUCUUCAUCAGAGAGAACUCGGGAGGCUGCAGUGGUUGUGCCACAGAGAACAGAGGCAAAACAGGUGUUGCAGGAAAAACCCUGUGAUGUGCCAAUUAAGAAAGACAAGGAUACAAAACAAGAAGUGAAAAAUGAGUUGAUUGGUACCUUUGCUGGUGAAUCAUCAAAGAAAUCUCAACUGGACACAUUACGUAAUGCCUCUGAAGAAAGGCAUUUGAUGGAAGAGCUUUUAAUGGGCACUAUUACAGAAAAGGACUUUGAGGAGAAAGUGGAACUUGUUCAGAAGCCCCCUACAAGUGAUGACAGUGAUUCCAAGAAAAAGAAGCCGUGGAAUGAAAGACCGGACUAUUCAAAGAAGAAGAAGAAACAGUCUGAGAGCUCAGUGUCGCAAACAAGUAGUAAAGAUAUUAACCCAGAUAAGCCCCAAGAUGUUAUUCAGCUCUUGAUGAUGGGUUGUGAGUGGGAUGUGGCUGAAGAAAUUCCAGGUAACUCCAGGAAGUCACAGGAGAAUGAACAGAAUGAAACAACAGAUACUACACUGAAAGGCAGUGUGUCUAGAUUUGUUAAAUCAGGAAGUGAUUCAACUGCAGUACAAGGGCUGGAGAUGAAGAAGAAAGAACAGACUGCCAAGGUCCUGCCUAACAAGGGAAAUAAUGGAAGGGCAAUGAUGAAGUCUCCAUCGUUUUCAACAACUGUUGUCAAUGAGGAUGAGGAUGAUGUUUUCUUACCUCCAAAAGAACAGAAUGUGCAAACAAACAGUAGGGAUGGGCGGAAUAUUCAGCAUAGGCCAGAACCUAUUGGGGCUGAAUCAAAACCAUCAUUACCAUUGGAUAUGCAGCCUAAGCCAUCUCAGAAAGAAGAGGCAAUCAGGAACAAACCAGUCUCAAAAGACUUAAAGAAGAUAGAAACAGAUAUGAACAGGCAAUCCUCAAAGGAUAGAGAGGAAAUGGAAAAUAUUUUGUCAGACAUGACAAGUAGCAUUCAUGAUGAUGUUAUGAGUCCUGAACUCAGCAAAAAGAGCAGAAGUGAAGAAAAGCAUGGAAUCAAGAUGUCUAGUGUUCCAGUGAAGGUUAAAGCUAAUGAAAUACAGAUCAAAAAUACUACUGUUGAAAACAAGCAAAAGGAUAAAAAGCCUGUCCAAAGGCAAAACAGUGGUGAAAAAAGCAAGAGUUCUAGUGAAACAAAGUCUGCUGGAUCAAGUAAAGGCCGUAAGAGAAUGAGUCCAGUUCGUGCUCGACAACUACCUGAUACUCCCAAGAAAGAUCCUAACAGAGAUUCUGUCCCUGGAAGUCCAAGAAGAGAUGGACCAACUGCAAUUUCCCCAGAAAUUUCAAGUCCUCAAAGUAGGAGAGCUGUUAAACAGCCAAGGAAAUUACCAGAGGUGCCUAAAAUCCUUCUUGAAAGUAAACUUGGACAGUUGAAACAUGAUCGCUCAGCAGCAAGACCAUCCACUGGAAAGUCUCAGAAUGAAUCACCAAAGACUCCACGCAGACACAGGGCUUCCAGAACUGAUACACUAGAAGAAUCUAGUGGCAUGUCAGAGAGCAGUCACUCAGUACCUGUCAGAAGAGACCAAAUUAGUGACAGAGGAAUAGACAAGUCACCCCGUCAAUCUCCAGCCACACCCAGGAGACGUAUCUAUGAUCCGUCCACUUAUGCUGUCAUGCAGAGUGUAUCACAUGAAGAAGGCGGUAACCCUGAGGUCUCUGAAUGUGCAACUCGUUGGCAGGAACCAAGCAUGUAUAUGGAGUCUUCUGCCCGUGCCCCAUUGGUCCGUGAAUCCUCAAUUGACGCUGUCAGGACUGAGAAUGACGUGCCAGCGGGAGAUCACUUGUCUUCUGAAUCCAAGGCAGUGGAGUUGAGUAAGAAAAACACUCCAUCACGUUUAAAACCAAGUGCAGCACUAGAGCAGAAGUGGCAUAAAGGAGAGCCAAGUUCAGGCCGAAGAGGGUCAUUUCCAGGUAUUGGAGCAGAUCAAGAAAACAAAUCACAAGGGUAUUCACCUCAACAACUAAGAAGAUCAUUGUUCAAUCGAGACAGAGGAAAAGCAAGAUCAGAAAGUGACCCGGCAAGAAUGUUGGAGAUUGCUAAUGCCAGAAAUGAACAACAGAAAGUGGGUUUUGGAAAGAAUAUUCUUAGCAAAACACAGGAUAUCAUUGUUUCACUGAAAGCUAAGCUUCCCAUGUUUGGAGUCAAAGAGAUGAAGGGGCGUUCCCCUUCUCCAGAAUCACAAGAUGCCACAUCUGCCCCUUCAGAUGAUAAAGAAUCUAAACGAACAUCGCCGACUACCCUUAACCCUCCUGAAGUCAUGGUAACCAUCCCAAAAUCUCCUCCUAAGUCUCCCCAAUCUCCUGUAAAGACACCUCUGUUAUUUUCUGAAGAUGAUAUGCAUUCUCCAGAAAGACCAGGCUCUCCUCAUAAUUCCUCAGGAGUUGGACUAGAUGAUGUAUUCCUCAAUACUGACUCUCCAAAGAAGAAGAAAGAAAAGAAAAGGGAAGGAUUUCACGUUGACAUCGAUCAAAUUGAUCGUAAAGUAUCAGCUGAAUUUAUUCCUGAAAGAAGUGAUGCAAGACAUGGUGCAAUACCCAAAACCAAAGCCAAACUUCAGGCUGCACCUGAGGAUGAUAUACAUGAGGUUGUUCUUGGUGCACCUGCUGGUGAUGCAGAUUCCGCAAAAAAGCCUGUAAGAAGUGGUCCAAUACGGGACCUAUCUCCCACAGCCAGGGCAGCUUUAAGAGCAAAGAGACAAAGGAGACGAACAGAUCCUGGUCCUGAACAUGUUUAUAAAUCCAAGAAGCAUCAUGAAGCGAGUACUUCCGAGGGAGAUAUUAAGAAUGAUAAAGGAGAACCAGUGAAGGGAAUAUUGAGAAGGGAAAGUUCAUCUUCUGCUCAAGAUGAUACAGAUGUCAAGGAAAAGGGAAUCUUCUCUACAACAGAAUCUAUCCAUGGACCUACAAGUACAAGGAGGCAACGCCUGAGAUCUAAUCUGUCGGGUGAACGUGCCUCCUCUUUGGAAGAAAUGGUAGAAAGCAUGACUGAGUCAUAUGCUGCUCAGCAGCAAGGAGGAGAGGAGCCUAUUGCCAGUGACUCAGGGUUAUCAUCAAGGCUAGCAUGGGAGGCACUGACGCCCCGGCAGAGGAAACGAAGAGAAAAAAUGCUUUCCAAACAGAAGAAACCUCAAGGUCCUUCUGAAAAAGUGAAUGAAUGCCAAACUCCUGCCAAUCAGUCGAAUGUAUGUACAGAUGGUGUCCAUUGCCAUGGUGAUUCCAGACUUACAAAUGAAGACAGGGUUCCUGCUAUUACUGAUGGAAUGCACAUUAACAGUGAGCAUAAUCCUCAUGAAAAUGACCAUCAUCACCAUCAUCACCAUCCCCAUCAUCACCACCAACAGCAACCUCAGUGCAAUGGAGCUACCCAUAGACUCUCCCCUCAUGACCUGGCAGCCACGAGUGCAUCCUUGUCCUUAGUAGAAGACAUGACACCGCUUAGCACACCACGUGGAGGACCUGCUGGGGCAACGCAAGAUGUCCAAUGUACAAGGUUACAGAGGGAUGAUGGAGACUACUCGGUGUCCAGGGAUGACAGUCAGUCAUCGUCCAUGUCUGGGGGAUCAUCAGGGAUCAAACCCAAACCCCCUGGGAGGAGACCCGACAAGUCUGUUGUCUCAGGAAGGAGGCGGAGGUACAGGAUAGCUCCCUCUGAAGUCUCAACAGGCCAAACAUCACCGAGAGAUGAUGGAUGACGAGACAAUGGAAGAACAGUAUUCACCUGUUGACUAAACGAUCCUGUACAAAGACUGAGAACUCGGUAGUCAACGGGAUACAGAGGAUUA